ACUAUAGAGGAUAAAGCAACACAAACUCUGAGCAGAGACCUAGUGUGGAGACACAGAAGCAAUCAUGGAGAGCACCAGGAGAUGUCCCUUCAUCCUCUCGCUCAUCACACUUAUGUUGGCGUCAGGUGUAGUGAUGCCAGUCGUUUCUAUGGAUCUGGUGGACGGCACGCUGGGACGUUCAGUGCACUUCGUUAUGCCCGAGGCCUUGCCCUCUCAGUACAGAAUAGACUGGAAUUGUGGGCACGCUGGAAAGGUUAUUGUUAUUGCGAGGCUGACACUUGGGGGAUCUCCCCAGUACAAUCCUAUUUAUGAGGGGAGAAGUGAAAUACUCGGAAACGGCACGUUGAGGCUGGAUAACAUCUCGUCUGAGGAUGUGGGCACAUAUAAAGUGAAGGUAUUCAAUCCUGAAACAUUCACCUCCUAUAUCCACCGCUAUCAGCUGAACGUCUAUGCCACACUCACCGCCCCGGUUCUCCGCUCCAUUGAUGCCAACAGACUCAUUAUUAGUGGCACUGAUAUGACCCUCCAUUGUGACGCCGGGGACCAGACUGUGACUACUUACAACUUCUACCGUGGUCAGAAGAUGAUCUGUUUUGAGCCCCAUGUCACCUGCAGUGGAUCAUCCUUGGACCUCACUCCAAUAUCUGAGGAUGAUAGUGGAUCCUACACCUGCCGCAUCGAGAACCCGGUCAGCUCCUACACCAGCGACCCCAUCCCUGUGACCGUAUCAGUGCCAGUCUCUUCUGUAACUCUCACCAGUAACACAUCCGGACUGGUUUGGCCGGGAAGGGAUGCAGUGUCUCUGCACUGCUCGGCCCGGGGUACAGACAUCACAUACUCCUGGAGUCUGGAGGACGCACCCCUGCCUGAGAAUUCCCGAUAUCACUUCUCCCAAAAUAAGUCCACUCUAAUCAUUGACCCCGUCUCCUCUGAUGACAGCUGGCCCAUAACUUGUACAGCAGCAAACUGGAUAAAUCAGGAGACCAGCAGCAAAGCGAACUUCAAGUUUGCUUCAACAUCAACACGUGCACACUUGGCAGAGCUAAGUUGUACGGGCACCUUAAGAGAGUCUUCAGGACAAGAAUCAGAGGAUGUGUUGGCUGGGAGAUAA